AUGGCGCCUUCCUUAUCACCAAUCAGAUCACACCACGUGGCAGUUAUCGGCGCCGGAGCCGCCGGAUUAGUAGCGGCGCGAGAGCUUCGACGGGAAGGUCACUCGGUGGUCGUCUUCGAGAGACAAAAACAAGUCGGAGGAACCUGGAUAUACACCGAUCAUAUCGAACCCGAUCCAUUAAGCGUUGACCCGACCCGAUCCGUUGUUCAUUCGAGCGUUUAUGGCUCUCUCCGAACUAAUCUCCCCCGUGAGUGUAUGGGAUACAGGGACUUCCCGUUCGUGGUUCGUUCCGGUGUAUCGGAAUCUAGAGAUCCGAGGAGGUUUCCGAGUCAUGGUGAAGUUUUGGCGUAUUUACAAGAUUUCGCUAAGGAGUUUGCGAUCGAGGAGAUGAUUCGGUUUGAUACGGCGGUUGUGAAGGUUGCUCCGGCGGCGGAAGAAGGAAGCGGGAAAUGGAGAAUUGAAUCUACGGAGAAAGAGAAGAAAAAAUGGGCACACCGGGCAGUGUAG